AUGACUUCCCAGAACAACAACAGAGGUGCCUCUUCAUAUAUGGCGAGCUCUUCAAGUCGCCUCUCAAACAGGAUGAAGCUGGAGUGGACUUCCAAGCUCAGCACUGAGUACCAGCCUGCAAAGAACUAUCGCCGCACGUCCAUCAUCUGCACAAUUGGCCCAAAGACCAAUUCUGUUGAGACCAUCAAUGUUCUCCGCAAAGCGGGUCUCAAUGUUGUUCGCAUGAACUUCUCUCAUGGAACAUAUGAGUAUCAUCAAUCAGUCAUUAACAAUGCCAAAGAAGCCGAGAGAACCCAAGCUGGUCGCCCCCUUGCAAUUGCUUUGGAUACCAAAGGCCCUGAAAUUCGAACUGGACUCACCCCAGAUGGCAAUGAUAUUCCGAUAUCUGCUGGUACUGAAUUGAAUAUCACCACUGACGACGAAUACGCAACCAAGAGCGAUGAUAAGAACCUAUAUGUUGAUUAUAAAAACAUAACUAAGGUCAUUGAGAAGGGUAAACGCAUUUAUGUUGAUGACGGUGUUCUCUCAUUCGAAGUUCUUGAUAUUGUUGACGAUCAAACCCUGCGAGUGAAGUGCCUUAAUAAUGGAGCCGUCUCAUCCAAGAAGGGAGUAAACCUUCCUGGGACUGAUGUUGAUCUCCCUGCCCUUUCCGAAAAAGAUAUCGAGGACAUCAAAUUCGGUGCGAAGAAUAAGGUUGAUAUGAUAUUUGCCUCGUUCAUUCGCCGUGGUGAGGACAUUCAACGCAUCCGUGAGGUUCUAGGAGAGGACAACACCGAGAUUCAAAUUAUUGCAAAAAUCGAGAACCAACAGGGAGUCAAUAAUUUCGACGAGAUUUUGGAGCAAGCUGAUGGUGUCAUGGUAGCCCGUGGAGAUUUGGGUAUCGAAAUCCCCGCUCCAAAAGUCUUCAUUGCACAAAAGAUGAUGAUUGCCAAAUGUAACAUCAAGGGAAAGCCUGCUAUCUGUGCCACGCAAAUGCUCGAGUCCAUGACAUACAACCCACGUCCAACACGCGCCGAAGUUUCUGACGUCGCCAAUGCUGUUCUGGAUGGCGCAGAUUGUGUCAUGUUGUCUGGUGAGACUGCUAAAGGCAACUACCCGCGCGAAGCUGUUGCUAUGAUGCAUGAGACAUGUCUUCAAGCCGAAGUCGCCAUCCCUUACUUCAGCGUUUUUGAUGAACUCCGCAACCUUUGCCCAAGACCCGCUGACACUGUGGAAUCCAUUGCUAUGGCUGCCGUCUCCGCCAGUCUCGAACUGAACGCGGGUGCAAUCCUAGUCUUGACUACAAGCGGACUUACUGCUCGCCUCCUUUCCAAAUAUCGCCCGGUUUGCCCAAUCAUCAUGGUCACUCGUAACGAGGCGGCUGCCCGCUAUUCCCACCUCUAUCGUGGCGUGUACCCAUUUUUCUUCCCAGAAAAGAAGCCUGAUUUCAACCUCAAGAUCUGGCAGGAGGAUGUUGACCGUCGUCUCAAGUGGGGUAUUGCACAGGGCCUUAAACUCGAAAUCAUUUCCAAGGGCGACUCCGUCGUCUGCGUCCAGGGUUGGCGUGGAGGCCAAGGUCACACCAACACCAUUCGUGUCGUUCCUGCGGAGCCUAACCUGGGACUUGCCGAAUAA